ACGACCGGGCUGAACCAGCUGCAGCGCUGCCGCCCGGUAUAUAGCGCGAUGGAAGGAAGGCGCGGCCAGCAGAACGAGACGGGCGCCAGAGACAACCCGGAGAAGGCGCUGCUGGUGCGGCUGUGGUCGGACUUCGACACCAGCUUCAUGAAGCCGCUGCUGACGCACUCGCGGCCCACCCUGCUGGAAACGAUGCCGCUUUGCUGCCACCCGUUAGCCCGCCUGCUAACCAGCACACAGCAGUUGACGCAGGACACGAGCAACAAGUACGAGGAAGACGGCGAGCUGUGCCUGGAGGCGGACGAGGCCAGCUUCCAGCACGGCGACAACGGCUCGGUGCACUCGAGCGGUCACCAGAUGGCCGCCGUCUCUGACGACGGCGACCUGGGUACCGGCUCGACGGCGGGCUACCAGCGGACGCCGGCGCCCCCCGUCUCCACGCGCGUCCACCUGCAAGGGCACGGGCGCGGCGACAGCUUGUAGGGGCGGCCGCCGCCCGAGCUCGGCCACGCUAUGUCGGAGGCCGCUGUGAUGUCCGCCACGAGGGCGCCGCCGCCGCCGCCGCCGCCGCCGCCGGCUCUGCUGCGAUUUUACAGGGCUCAGCUGCUUCGAGAUUAUCGGGGCGGUGCUGUCGUGGCGCUUCUCUGCUGCGAGGAGAAGCGAGGCGCAGGUCCAUUCCUCUGCUGC